AUGUUCAAUUUUGGCAAACAACGCAAGUUGGAUGAAGAAAAGAAGAAACAAGAAGAUCUAAUUGCAGCUCAACUUAAGGCACUCGAAUUGGAUCAUGAACUGGAAUAUGAAAAGAUGACACAGAAAGGUCUCGUCAAACAACAAGAACAACGUAUUCAGAAGGAAAAGGAAGAAAUCGAAGAACGUCAAAGACAAGAAAAGAAGAAAAAACGUGAACUGGCCAAGAAAUCUAGCGCUGUCUCAUCGCCGUCAGGUGAUGCGGAAAAUGGGAUUGCCAUUGUCGAUCAUGAUGGCGAUUCAGAUUCUUCGGUGGAUGAAAAUGCCCAACCCAAUCAAAACCAAGACAAAAAUUAUCUGGAAAUGGCUCGCAUGGGCUAUCAACAACUGAUCAAUGCAAUUAUUAGGCCGCCGAGAGCGAACUAUGAGAUGCGGCAAUUGGGACCUUCGAAAUUCAAUUUUGCGGGCAAAGCUUUUGAACGAGAGGAUUGGACGUUAAUGACGGAACGGGGUUACAAUCUGAAGGUGUCGCAAUGGAGUUUGGUGGGUGGCGGGAUUCGACCAAUCCUCAUUUAUUUGCACGGCAAUGCCUCGGCACGAUUGGAAGUGAUACCACAACUUACCAGUUUGUUGGCGAUGGGAAUGACGGUCGUGUCUCUGGAUUUUGUGGGUUCGGGAAAGUCGGAUGGUGAAUUUGUCAGUUUAGGGUAUUACGAACGGGAGGAUUUGGCAACGGUCGUGGCACACUUGCGGCGGUUGCAUCAUCAACAACAAAAAGAUACCGGAGACGAGGUGGCAGAAUUCAAAAUUGCACUCUGGGGUCGAUCGAUGGGAGCUUCAACAGCCAUUAUGUACGGAGCUCGGCCGGAUGCUCGCGUCAAUUGUAUGAUUUGUGAUUCGGCCUUUUCCAGUCUGCAAAAUUUGGCCGAGGAAUUGGUCGAAACCGCUCGCAAACAAGGAGUAGUUGUGCCCAAUGUAGUGGUCAGUGCGGCCAUUCAAAUGAUUCAAUGGACAGUCCAAAAGGAUGCUGAUUUCAAUAUCAGAGACUUGACCCCUGUGAAAUACGCUGAAGAUUGUGAUGUUCCAGCUCUCUUUGUCCACGGAGAACACGAUGAUUUCAUCAAGCCACAUCAUUCCGAAGAUAUUUGUGAAAAGUACAAGGGGUCCAAGAAUCUACUCAUGGUGGAAGGAGACCACAACGAUCCGAGACCGCAUUCUUGCAUUGUGGCUUGUGAGAGCUUUUUGCAAAGGCGAUUGGAAAUGAAGGAAGAAUGGAAAUUGUUGGAUGUUGCAUCUCUGAAACAUCCCAUGUAUCCACCGUGGGUGCAAGAUUCAACCAUGGGUAAAUACAAGACAACGGCAGCAUCUAACGGAUUUGAUGACAAGACCAUGGGAAUGACGACCAAACGACAACAAGAAAUCCAAUCGAGUAUCAAUACGAUGCUUGGUUCAGGUGCGGCUCCAUCGACGCCGGAUGCUCAUGCGGAACAAAGCUCAGUGGAAGUGGAGUUUUGA